GUGCACGGCGACCUGCCACCCGCGCGCAUCCCACCCGCCCUGCAGUCCGCAGGCCUGCCCCUUCCGCCUGCUGCCUCUCCCGACGCGGGCGCAGUGCCUUCCGCGGACCAGUGUGUGGCGGAUGAGCAGUCCCCGCCUGCCCCAGAUGUGCCUUCCCUGCUGGCGGACACAGUGGCCCAGCUGGCGUUCGAGGUGUCCGGCCAGACUGACCUGCGUCGACGACUGGUGGAACUGACCAAGUGGCUGGCGUCCAAUGGGGUCGUGACACCUCGCAUGCUGCAAGAUCACUGCGAGGAGGAGUUGCUGUGGGAGGCGGAGCUGAUCAAGAUGGAGCCCUCGGAGCUCAAGAAAAAAUGCGUGCGAGUGAACACGCGCCUGGUGUACACACAGACCAAGUUCAACCUGCUCCGAGAGGACUCCGAGGGAUACGCGAAACUGAUCACCAUACUGAGUCAGAAGGACCCGCUGGGUCUCAACUCACGGUCAGCGAGCGCUGUGGUAGACGCUGUAAAGUCACUCAUCGGCCUCUUUGACCUGGACCCAAACCGCGUGUUUGACAUUGUGCUGGACUGCUACGAGAUGCAGCCCACCAACUCAGCCUUCCUCCACCUCGUCAAGCUCUUCCCUGAGUCGCACGCGCCCCAGAUCCUCGGGUUCAAGUUCAGCCACUACCACCGCCUCACUGCCACCACUGCUGCUACUGCCGCUGCUGCUGGGGGCAAAGGGGGGAAGGAGGGCGGAGGGAACAGCAAAGGGGGGGAGAGAGGAAGUGCAGGGAAAGCGGGGGCAGGGGGAGGAGGGGCGGGAAGAGGUGAUGGUGAUGGCGAGGGGGGGGAGAAGGGGGAGGGUGGGAGUGGGGCGGAGGGGCGCAUACCAGACAGCCUGUUUGUGCUGGCGGCUAACUGCCUCAAGAGCAACGUGGUGCAGCUCUCUGCCUUGUACCCGUUCUUGGACCCUCCAGACGAGGAGGCAGAGGCACGCAGCAAGGAGAUCAAUGCACAGAGAAUAGCGGAUGUGAACCGCAUAGGCAAGAUCAACCUGGCAGCAACGGGGCGGGACCUGACAGACGACCCGCAGCCAGCAGACGUAUCGAUCGACCUGUACGGGGCGGUGGACGGGCAGGAGAGCGCUGCUGCCAAGGAGUGGGGCGAGGCGGAGAGAAACGAUAAGAUGCGCCUGCUCAAGGCGCUGAUGCUGGUGGACGACUGGGCCCAUGCGCGGCAGCUGCUGGAGCACCUGAAGCCGCUGCACCCCGUCUCCCACCCGCCCAUCUGCACCGCUCUCUGCUCCCUCAUAUCCCGUGCCAUUGCCCCAGCCUACCAUGCAAUCCGCCCAGCCUACCUUCUCAACUUCAAAAACCAAUCUUCGGUGGACACCACCUCGUUACCGAACCUGCCUUCCAGCCUCGGUGCCUCCCGAGCCUCGGAUGGCGACGUUGAGAUGGCCGAAGCUGGCGUGGUGGAUGGAGUGACAGGGGGCAGGAGGAAGGGGGAAAGGGCGAGGGGGGACGAGGAAGGUGGAGAGGGAGAAGGGGAGAAAGACAGAGGAGUGGGAAGGGGGGUGGUGGAGAGCAGGACAGGGGGGGCGCGGGUGCCUGCGAGGGUGUUUGAGAUGCUUCGCUUCCUGGGGGCGUUUCUAUACCAGGAUACCAUUCUGCUGCAGAAGGAUACCAUUCUGUUGCACAAGGCGGUGGUGGCGAGUCCGCCGGUGUGCAUGCAGCUGUGGGAGGUGCUGUCAUGCCUGCCCUUCCAGGAGCGCUACCGGCUCUACGGCGAGUGGGAGAAGGAGACCGAGACCAACCCCCUUGUGCUCGCUGCCCGGCAGAUUGCCAGGGUGAGUGAUAGGAGUUCAGUUCAGGGUGAAGAAGACGCGGUUCGCACACAGUUGCACGUUUUUCUCCUCCCUCGCCUUCUCCGGUUACUCCCCUCCUCCUCCCCACUGCCCUCUCCCCACCUCCCUCUCCCAAUCGCCACAUAUCUUUUUUACAUGUACCUGUUCCCCCCCCCAUGCCCAGCUCCCCCGCCUCACCCCCUCUCCCGCCCUCCCCCCAUUCAGCUGGACAUGCGGUGCACGCUGCUGAGGCGGCUGGCGAAAGAGAAUCUGAAGGCCACACUGGACACGCGGAGAACACUGAAGCGGCUGGCGAAGGAGAAUCUGAAGCCAACGGGGCGCAUGGUGGCGAAGCUGGCACACUCCAACCCGCUCACCGUGCUCAGAACCAUCGUGGUGCAGGUAGAGGCAUACAAGGAAAUGAUUCCGCCUGUCGUUGAUGCCUUCAAGUACUUCAACCAGCUGGAGUUUGACAUUCUGGAGUACGUGGUGAUAGAGCGACUGGCACUGCCACGCAGCACCAUCAAGGAGGACGGACUCAACAUCGCCGACUGGCUGCAGUGCCUCGCCUCCUUCUGGGGCUCCGUGUGCAAGAAGUACCCUCUGGUGGAGCUGCGCGGUCUUCUGAGUUACUUAGUGAACCGGCUUCACCAAGGCGAGGCGGUGGAGCUGGUGCUGCUGCAGGAGCUGAUGGAGCAGAUGGCUGGCAUUGAGUCGAAUGAGAACCUCACGGAGGAGCAGCUCGAGGCGCUGGCUGGCGGGGAGACUCUCAGGCAGCUCACUGCUAGCUUCGGCCAGGCCAAGAACAACAAGGCCAUGGCGCGGUCAAUGGGGCGGCUGAAGGACGCUCUGCUGCCGGGCAAGGGCGAGCCGAAUCUCGCCGUGCCGCUGCUGGUGCUCAUUGCACGGCAGCGAUCCAACAUUGUAUUCGAGGCAGAGGGCUCACACAUCAAGCUACUCAGCGAGCAUUUCGACCGCUGCCACCUCAUCAUGCUACAGUACGCGCAGUUCCUCUCCGCCGCCCUCUCGCCGCCCACCUCGUACGCCGCCUUCAUGCCGACCCUGCACACGCUCUCCCAGCGCUUCCACAUGCCGCCCGAAGCUGCCUUCCUCGUCUACCGCCCUGUGCUUCGCCUCUUCAAGCCCACCCCUGAUUCCCCCGUCUCCUGGCCUGCUCUUGCUGCUGGGAGUGGUGCAGGUGGGAGUGGUGGGGGUGGUGGGGGUGGUGGGAGGGGAGGGGAGAAGGAGAAGAGGCAGCAGCAGCAGGGGGGGAGGAAGGGGGCAGGGGAGGGGGCAGCAAUGGAUGGGCGAUACGAGGCAGAGAUGGCCAAGCAGAGAGCACUGCUGCGCUCGCUUGAAGACAUUGGGGACUCCUCAGGAUCGGCCAUCCAGGUGAGGAGGGCGUAUUCGGGUUCUCCCUCUCUCCUGCUCUUCUGGGGGCUCUCCCUCUGCGACCUGCAUGUGCCGCGGCAGCGAUACGAGGCAGAGAUGGCCAAGCAGAGAGCACUGCUGCGCUCGCUUGAAGACAUUGGGGACUCCUCAGGAUCGGCCAUCCAGGUGAGGAGGGCGUAUUCGGUUUCUCCCUCUCUCCUGCUCUUCUGGGGGCUCUCCCUCUGCGACCUGCAUGUGCCGCGGCAGCGAUACGAGGCAGAGAUGGCCAAGCAGAGAGCACUGCUGCGCUCGCUUGAAGACAUUGGGGACUCCUCAGGAUCGGCCAUCCAGGUGAGGAGGGCGUAUUCGGUUUCUCCCUCUCUCCUGCUCUUCUGGGGGCUCUCCCUCUGCGACCUGCAUGUGCCGCGGCAGCGAUACGAGGCAGAGAUGGCCAAGCAGAGAGCACUGCUGCGCUCGCUUGAAGACAUUGGGGACUCCUCAGGCUCAGCCAUCCAGUCACCCCCCUUGCCCAUCCCCUUCCCCCAUCCAUGUGCCUACCCACAAGCAGAAGCGCAAGAAGGAGAAGGAGCGCGUGCAGGAGGUGCUGGACCGGCUCAUGGGUCUCCCCUUGGUGGCGUGCCGCCCCUCAUGUGUCUUCCCUCUCCCCACCCACUCUCUCCACCCGCUCUCCCCAACCAAUCUCCCCUCCCACCCACAUGCAGAAGCGCAAGAAGGAGAAGGAGCGCUUGCAGGAGGUGCUGGUUUGACUACCUGAACUCUUCCAUUUGCACCCCUCCUUCUCAUCUUGCCUUCCCUCCACCCACUUCCACCCAUCCAUCUGCCCACUCCCCCACCCACAAGCAGAAGCGCAAGAAGGAGAAGGAGCGAGUACAGGAGAAGCGCAAGAAGGAGAAGGAGCGCGUGCAGGAGGUGUUGGACCGUCUCUCAGCCGAGCUGGCUCGGCAGCAGGCUCGGGUCGAGGCUGUGCAGCGGCGGCUGGUUCGGGACCGCAUGCGCUGGCUGAGCCCGGCAGCCGUGCCGGACAGCUGGCGCAUCGUGCCAUGCUUCCUCCACCACUGCGUCAUCCCGCGCGUGCUCAUGAGCCCAGAGGACGCAGUGUACUGCGCCAAGUUCAUACUCCGCAUGCACGCGGCCGCCACCCCGCAGUUCUGCACGUUUCAGAUGGUGGACGCGUUUGUGUGCAAGAGCUUCCACCCGCUGCUCGCCAGCUCCUCUGAGGCCGAGGCUGGCCGCCUGGGGCGCUUCGUGCUGGAGAUCCUGCAGGCGAUUUACCGGUGGAAGAGCGAUGCAUCAGUGUACAACGCCGAGUGUCUGGACCACCCCGGGUCGUCCAAGAGUGUGAUGAAGAAGCCCAACAACAACAUGACGCUUGACCAGUUCCGCACGAUCAACUGGAAGUGGAACGCCAAGUUAGUGAAGGUGCUAUCGACGCUGCUCGAGUCCUCAGAGUACAUGCACAUCCGAAACGCCCUCACUCUGCUCUCCCGUGUUGCUGCUGUCUUCCCCGUCACCAAGCGCGGGGGGCUUGUUCUCGAGCGCAAGGUGAAUCGUCUCAAGGCGGAGGAGCGGCAGGAUCUGAAGCUCAUGGCAACCAGCGUGUCGGCUGCACUCAACGCCAAGAAGUCGUGGGUGACAGAUGAGGGGUUCGGAGGAGCACCAACUCCCUCUGACACAUCCUGCCCCGCCUCUCUUGCCCCUCUUGCUGCCUCUCUCCUGCUCUCAGUGUGCUACUCUCCGCGUGUGCCUUCCUGGGGGCAAGCGGAAGGGGAGAGGGAUAGGGAUGAAGAGAUGGAAACUAAGGGAGGGAGGAGAGAUGAGGAAGGGAGGGAGGGGAAGGAGAGAGACAAGGAGAGGGAGAGGGAGAGGAGGGGGUCUGGUGCGGGUGGUAUGCAUGAGGAAAGGGCAGGGAGGGAGCGAGGAGAGGAGGAGGGAGGGUCAAACCAUCGGGAUAGCAUGGGUGUGGGUGGGUCUAGUAGAAGAGCGUAUGAGGAGAAAGAGGAGCAUGAGGCUGGGGAGGUGAGGGGGGAGGGCAGAGGGGAGGGCAGGUGGGAGGGCAGGGGAGGGCAUAAGGGGAGGGGAGGUGAUGGGACAGAGAGAGAGGGGAUGAGGGAUGUGGGUGAGAAGGGGAAGAGAGGGGAGUGGGAGGAUGGGGAGCAAGAUGUGAGUGGGGAGAGGGAUGGGAGGAGCGAGAAGAUUGAGAAGGAGGAGAUGAAGAGUAGGGAGAGGGAGAGGGAGAGGGAGGAGAGAGAUAAGUUAAGGGUGUCUGAUAAAGAAAGGGAGACGGAGACAGGGAAGGGGAAGGAGAGAGAAGGGAGAGAGAGGGAGCGGGAGAGGGGGAAGGAGAGGGAGAGGGAGAGGGAAGACAAGGGACGGGACAGGGGGAGAGGGGAGAGGGAGAAGGAUCGUGAAGUGGAGAGGGGGGAGGUGAAGGAAGGGCGGGAGAGGGACAAGGGACGCGAGAGGAACCAUGAGGAGGAGAAGGAGAGGGAAAGGGAGAAGGAAAAGAAGGAAAGAGAGAAGGAGAAGGAGAAGGAGAAGGAAAAGCAGAGAGAGCGAGUGCAGGAGGAGAAGAUGAGGGAGGAGCGGGAGCGACUGAGGGCUCGGGUUGAAGAAGAUAUGAAGGUGAGAGAGAAGGAGAAAGAGAAGGAGAAGGAGAAGGAGAGGGAGAGGGAGAAGGAGAGGGAGAGGGACAGGGAAAGGGAGAGGGAGAGGGAGCGGGGGAUAGGGAAGGAUAAGGGAAGGGAGCGAAGCAAGGCUGCUGCAGCGGCAGCUGUGGCUGCGGCUGCUGCUGCCACUGCUGGUCGGAGUGCUGGAGUGGGGGCGGGAGGAGGAGAGGGGGGUGGAGGAGGGGGGGGGAGUGGAGGAGAGAGAGGGCCAAGCAAGGCAGCAAGUCCUGCCAGAGGAACAGAAGGAGCAGCUGGUGUGAUGAGUCCUAAGGAUGGGGAAGGGGUGGAGGAGGGAGGGAGAGGCAGGGGAGGGAAGAGGAGUGUGAGCUCGUCAGAAGAUGGGGGAGGAGGGGCGGUGGCGGGCGGUAGUGGGGAGCGGGGAGUGAAGCGGGCGAGGAGGGGCGAUGGGGACGUGGAGAGGGAGAGAGGCAGGGAGGAGAGGGGGAGGGAGAAGGAGAGGGAGAGGGAUCGAGAGAGGGGAGAGGAGACGCCGAGGGCGCAUGAGCGGGAGGGGAGAGGGGAAGGGAGAGGAGGGGAGCGGGGGAGUGGGGGUCGGGGAGGGGAGAAGGGGGAGUGGAGUGAGAGGGGGAGUGUGGAGCGGGGAAGGGGGAGAGAGGUGGAGGAUUCAGGGCUUGGGGCAGAUGGGCGUGGGGAUGUGCAUGAGUGGGGGGAGAGGGGUGGUGUGCGUGAGAAAGGAGUGUCCGACCGCAAAGGGGACAGGGAGAGGGAGAAGGAGAGAGAAAGGGAGAAGGGAAGGGAGAGAGAGCGAGGGCAGGUUGAUAGCACCCCUGAGAGGGAGGUGAAGGAGGAGAGGGGUGGGGGGCGUGAGAGGGAAGCAGAGCAUUUGAAGGAGAGGGACAGGGAGUGGGAGCAUGAGCGUGCAACGGUGAAAGAGAGACUGGGUGAGCGCGGCAGGGGUGGGAGGGAGAGGGGAGAGAGAGGCGAGAGAGUGGUUGGCAAGGAGGAGGAGCGGGGUGUGGAGCAGGAGCGUGUGUAUGAGAAGGAGCGUGGGGAGAGGGAGCGCGGUGAGAAGGGUGAGAAGGAGCGUGGAAUCUUCCCAGAGCGGAGCAUUGAGAGGGGAGGGGGGAUUCGCGUGGUGGUGCGGGAUGUGGGUGAGGAGGGGCGGGAGGAGGGGCAUGCGCAGAGGCAUGGGGCAGGACCGGGGCUUCGUCACUCGCUUGUGGUAGGAGUAACUCCACCUGCUCCUGCUGGAAGAAUCAUUCAUGAGCUUGCUCCUACCAGCUCUUCGGCUGCUCUCCCUGCGAAGCGCAGGAAAAUCAAGCGGGAUCAGAGCCUCAUGCAGCCGCAUGGGGAUGCCAUGCAUUCGCCAGGCGGUGCCGGCUUGCCUGUGGCUGGCAUUGCAGCAGGUGGGCCGUCAGCCAUGCCCAUGCCGCUCGCUCCGCCAUUCCACUCAGGUGGGGUUCACCCAUCGUCUCGUUCCCCUGCUGUGGUCAUGGCGGCUGGGGGUGGGCAUCGUGGUGGGCCGAUGCUUCAUGUGACUUCAACGCUUGAUGACCGUGCGGACAGACGGUGGAUUGCUGAAGGUGGUGGCGGUGGCGGAGGUGGGAGCAGGAGAAGCGGCGAGGUUGAGCUGCCGCCGCCUUCACGAGGCGCAGGGCCUGCGAGGAGCUCCAGACUUGCUGGCAGGCUUGGAGAGAAGGAUGGAGUGGGAGGGAGCUAUGAUCGUAGCGGUCCUGGUCAAGGAAGUGGAGUGCGAGAUGAGGCGUGGGACGGUGACAAGGCGCGACGGGAUGGUCGCAUGAGCAACAGACGCCAUUGA